GACGCCGCCGUUGGCCGCGCGCGGUGCCACACCCGCGGUGGCCCUGUCCGGUUGUCGCCGGCGCCCGGGGCCAUUUAACGGCGGUGGCAGCGCGGCGGGGAGGGGACAGCAUGGAGGGGACACGGGGGACGCGGCUGGAGGAGCGCGAGAGCCUGGUGGGGGCCGUGCAUGGCGUGUCCGGGCCCGUGGUGACAGCCACGCGCAUGGCGGGGGCGGCCAUGUACGAGCUGGUGCGGGUGGGACACGCGGAGCUCGUGGGGGAGAUCAUCCGGCUCGAGGGGGACAUGGCCACGCUCCAGGUGUACGAGGAGACCUGUAUCCUGUCCCCGCUGUCCCCUCCCCGCCACCGCGCUGUCCCUCCGGCCGCCCCGCCCUGUCCCCGCCGUCCUUCGCUGUCCCCUCCCUUCUUCCCCUUGGUGACAGCCACGCGCAUGGCGGGGGCGGCCAUGUACGAGCUGGUGCGGGUGGGACACGCGGAGCUCGUGGGGGAGAUCAUCCGGCUCGAGGGGGACAUGGCCACGCUCCAGGUGUACGAGGAGACCUUGGUGACAGCCACGCGCAUGGCGGGGGCGGCCAUGUACGAGCUGGUGCGGGUGGGACACGCGGAGCUCGUGGGGGAGAUCAUCCGGCUCGAGGGGGACAUGGCCACGCUCCAGGUGUACGAGGAGACCUGUAUCCUGUCCCCGCUGUCCCCUCCCCGCCACCGCGCUGUCGGGAGCCACGUGACGGGCGGGGACAUUUACGGCUCGGGGGCGGAGAACUCGCUGCUGCAGCACCGGCUGAUGGUCCCGCCCCGCAGCCGCGGCACCGUCACCUACAUCGCGCCCCCCGGGCACUACGGCGCGGCGGACGUGGUGCUGGAGCUGGAGUUCCAGGGGGUCCGCGAGCCGCUCUCCAUGAUCCAGGUGUGGCCGGUCCGGCAGGUCCGGCCCGUGGCCGAGAAGCUCCCGGCCAAUCACCCCCUGCUGACCGGCCAGAGGGUCCUGGACGCGCUCUUCCCGUGCGUGCAGGGGGGCACCACGGCCAUCCCGGGCGCGUUCGGCUGCGGGAAGACGGUGAUUUCCCAGUCCCUGUCCAAGUACUCCAACAGCGACGUCAUCGUCUACGUGGGCUGCGGGGAGCGCGGCAACGAAAUGUCCGAGGUGCUGCGGGACUUCCCCGAGCUGACCAUGGAGGUGGGCGGCCGCUCCGAGUCCAUCAUGAAGCGCACGACGCUGGUGGCCAACACGUCCAACAUGCCGGUGGCCGCCCGCGAGGCCUCCAUCUACACCGGGAUCACGCUGGCCGAGUAUUUCCGGGACAUGGGGCUGCACAGCUGCCUCCUGGCCGACUCCACCUCGCGCUGGGCCGAGGCGCUGCGCGAGAUCUCGGGGCGCCUGGCCGAGAUGCCGGCGGACAGCGGGUACCCCGCGUACCUCGGUGCCCGCCUGGCCUCGUUCUACGAGCGCGCGGGGCGGGCGCGGUGCCUGGGCAGCCCCGAUAAGAAGCUCGGGGACAGGAUGGGUGACCCGGGGGUGACAUUCCCGACCCGGGGUGACACCGGGUGACAGCGGGUGGCACCGCAGGUGUUCUGGGGGCUGGACAAGAAGCUGGCGCAGCGCAAGCACUUCCCGUCGGUGAACUGGCUGAUCUCGUACUCGCGCUACCUGCGCGCCCUCGAGCCGCACUACGAGCGCGCCCACCCCGAGCUGCCCGCGCUGCGCGACCGCGCCCGGCGCAUCCUGCAGGAGGAGGAGGAGCUGGCCGAGAUCGUGCAGCUCGUGGGGAAGGCGUCGCUGGCCGAGGGUGACAAGGUGACGCUGGAAGUGGCCAAACUGCUCAAGGACGACUUCCUGCAGCAGAACGGAUACUCGGCCUACGACCGGUACCGGGACCCCCGGGACCCCCGGGACCCCCAACCCUGA